AUGUCGUUCAUGCCUCUCGGACCAUGCUGCCUCCAGGGCAACACGCUCAAGGGCGAGCCUCGCGGCGAGAUGCAGAUGGCCGGGACGGACGGCGUCCAUGUCGACCGGUACGUUGCGCGUCCAGCGACAAACGUGGACCCCAAGGCGGCGUGUAUCCUGUACUAUGAUGUCUUUGGCUUCAACAUUGUCAACCCCAAGCUCCUUGCGGACCGCUAUGCCGACAAGCUGGGCAUUGACGUCUACGUCCCAGACUACAUCCCUGGAGCUCCCCCUGCCGACACACUCAACUCUGCUGUGGAGAUGUACCCGGGCGAACACGCCAAGCAGGGCAUCAUCGGCAACAUCCUCGGCAAGCUGACCCUGUUCAAGAUCAUCCCAUACCUCCCACGUAUCUUGGACCGCGGGACCGGUCCGCUGGUCGACAAGAACAUUGCAGACCUCCAGGCGCAAGGUUACGAGCGCCUCGUCGCCCUCGGCUACUGCCGUGGGGGCAGCAUGAUCACGUACCUCCUCGAAAAGGGCGACCAGUCGCCCCUCGCGGCAGGCGCCAUCUUCCACCCGGGAUGGGAGCCCAAGCGCUGGCCGCUGUUCACCAAGCCCACAUUCUGGCUGCUGCCCGAGCACGACAUGAACUACACGCCUACAUCCGUCAAGCAGCUCGAGGAGGCGUUUGCGGCCAACCCCAACGCACCGUUCAAGCUCAAGAUCUACUCUGACACGGUCCAUGGCUUUGCUGCUCGUCCGUCGGAAAAGCACGCGCACACGCAGGAAAUGUUCAACGAGGCGAAUGACGACGCCGCGGCGUACCUCGCCCAGCAGCUCGGGUUCCAGUCUGCCUGA